CAAAGAGUCAGAGGUUACAUUUAGAAAAGAAAGGGAGGUAGUAUAUAUAUAGUACACACUCCUUAAUCGGUAUAUAUAUCUUAUACCGUAAAAGGCAGCUGGGUUGUACUUUGUAUGUAUAGGCAAAAAUGUGGAACACCGCCGCUUGGCUAUGGACAAUACUCGUCUGCUUCCUUAUUUGGUUGACUCAUGAGAGCUCUGUAGAAGCUGCUGGUUCACCUGUCAAGUUUCUUCCUGGCUUUCAUGGCCCUCUUCCAUUUCAACUCCAAACAGGGUACAUUGGAGUAGGAAAGAAUGAAGAAGUACAACUUUUCUACUAUUUUAUAAAGUCUGAUUCAAACCCACUGGACGCUCCUCUGAUUCUUUGGAUUUCAGGAGGCCCCGGCUGCUCUCCGUUGCGCGCAAUCGUUCAACAAUUUGGACCAAUGCUUAUUGAGCCCAUCGAAUAUAAUGGGAGCUUGCCGAAGUUACUACCAUUUCCUUAUUCAUGGACAAAGGUUGCUAGCUUUAUUUUUUUAGAUUUACCAGUUGGUACUGGAUUUUCGUAUGCAACAACAUCAAAUGGGUUCCAUUCCGAUGACUUGUUGACUUCUAUCCAUGGCUAUGAAUUUCUUCGAAAGUGGUUGAUUGAUAACCCGGAAUUCAUUUCAAAUGAUUUCUAUGUUGGUGGCGACUCCUACUCGGGCAUUACAGUUCCAAUACUGACUGAAACGAUAUCUAACGGAAUUGAGAGGGGAAUUGAGCCAUUGGUUCGACUUCAGGGAUACAUAGUCGGUAACCCCUUAACUUUUCAUGACCAUAUCUAUAGAAUUCGGUUUGCUCAUAGAAUGGCACUUAUCUCCGACGAGUUAUAUGAGUCGCUGAAAAUAAAUUGCAAAGGAGAGUAUGAGGUUACUGAUUCGACCAAUGUAUUAUGCCAACGAGAUCUUCAAACCUAUGAUCAGUUGAUUGAGGGAAUAUAUCUUAAUCAUAUUUUGGAGCCUAUUUGUUUGUCUGAUUCUUCUUCUUCAAGAGUAUCAUCAUCAAGAUCUAUAAUUAAGCAAUUCGGAGAAAGAAGGUAUUUGCUUAAUGAGAAUUACCAAAAAGGACUUGGGAACCCUGAUCAGCUUCCAGGGUUGAAAUGUCGGGAUGAUUGGAAUAAACUGUCUGAGUAUUGGGCAAAUGAUGAUCGUGUUCAAGAAGCUCUUCAUGUCCGUAAGGGGGCUAAGAAAAUAUGGGAACAUUGCACUUCAAAUUUAUCCUUCACAACGACAGUCGAUAACGUGAUACCAUACCAUGUGAAGCUCAGCCGAAAAAAGUACAGGUCUCUUGUCUACAGUGGGGAUCAUGACAUGCUUAUUCCAUAUAUCUCAACUGAAGCAUGGAUAAAUUCGUUAAACUAUUCUAUUAUCGAUAAUUGGAGACCAUGGUUGGUUGAAGGUCAAGUUGCAGGGUACACGAGAACGUAUGCCAAUCGGAUGACAUUUGCAACUGUCAAGGGAGGUGGUCAUACUGCAGCUGAGUUCCGACCCUCGGAAUGCUUGGCGAUGUUUGAAAGAUGGAUAUCUUAUAACGAUAUCUAAUCAUGAAUGUGUGAUAAAUUUGUGAUAAUAUGUUUACAAAUUUACGGUAUCAACUACGUAAAGUUUAGAAGUAUUUUAUGAAAAUUGCUAUUCAUGGAGUAUUUUGGGAUUAUAACUUCUGCAUUUAAUGAUUACAUAUCAAGGACAGAUUGAUAUUCGAGGGAGGGCUUAGGCC